AUGAUUGCCGCCACGAUCCGAUCCUCGCUCCGUCCCUCGGUGGCCCGCUCGGUGCUGCCCUCGACGCGCCACCUCUCGACCUCGCUGCCCCGCCUCUCGAACCCUUCAGCGGCGGCGACGGCGUCAAUCGGCUCGUACGAAAACAUCCUCGUCUCGCAGCCCGCCUCGGGCGUCACCCUCAUCACUCUUAACCGUCCCAAGGCGCUCAACGCCCUCAACUCGGCCCUCUUCCGCGAGCUCAACGACGCCACCGAGGCCGCCGACGCCGACCCCUCGGUCAGCGCCAUCGUCCUUACCGGCAGCGAAAAGGCCUUUGCCGCCGGCGCAGACAUCAAGGAGAUGAAGGACGUCGAGUACGCCCACGCCUACAAGACCAACUUCCUGGGCCACUGGACAAAGCUCACCACCAUCAAGAAGCCCAUCAUCGCCGCCGUCUCGGGUUUCGCCCUCGGCGGCGGCUGCGAGCUUGCCAUGAUGUGCGACAUCAUCCUCGCCGCACCCACCGCCCAGUUCGGGCAGCCCGAGAUCAACCUCGGUGUGAUUCCCGGUGCGGGCGGCACGCAGCGCCUGACCAAGGCGGUGGGCAAGUCGGUGGCCAUGGAAAUGAACCUCACCGGCCGCUUCAUUGGCGCCGACGAGGCGGCGCAGCGUGGCCUCGUCUCGCGCGUCGUGACCGAGGGCAGCGUCGUCGACGAGGCCGUCAAGGUCGGCUCGAUCAUCGCCAAGAAGAGCCAGAUUGCCAUCCAGGCCGCCAAGGAGGGCGUCAAUGCCUCGUUUGAGCUCUCGCUGCAGGAGGGCACGCGCUUCGAGAGGCGCCUCUUCCACUCGCUCUUCGCCACAAAGGACCAGAAGGAGGGCAUGGCCGCCUUUGCCGAAAAGCGCAAGCCCAGCUUCAAGAACGAGUAA